AAGGCCCUUCCGCACAGCCCACCCCAGCCCGAGCUCCCCCGCGCGGUUGCCCAGGUAACCGCGGGGCGGUGGCAGCGGCAGGAGGGGCGGGACUUCCGGCGGGUGACGCGCCUGGGCUCGACUACAAAAGACGACGGCUGCGGCGCGCCGGGCGGAACUUUCCAGAACGCUGGGCUAGAGGCGGAGGAGCGGCGGCUGUCCAAGGUGUGCACAGCAACGCGCCCCUUCCCGCUCCCCCACAUUGGCCUCGGCCCUCUCACGGGCUGUCAAAAAUGGUGAAAGAAACCACUUACUAUGAUGUUCUGGGGGUCAAACCCAAUGCCACCCAGGAAGAAUUGAAAAAGGCUUACAGGAAACUGGCCUUGAAGUACCACCCUGAUAAGAAUCCAAAUGAAGGAGAAAAGUUUAAACAGAUUUCUCAAGCCUAUGAAGUGCUCUCUGAUGCAAAGAAAAGGGAAUUAUAUGACAAAGGAGGAGAGCAGGCAAUUAAAGAAGGUGGAGCAGGUGGUGGUUUUGGCUCCCCCAUGGACAUCUUUGAUAUGUUUUUUGGAGGAGGAGGAAGGAUGCAGAGAGAAAGGAGAGGUAAAAACGUUGUACAUCAGCUCUCGGUAACCUUAGAAGAUUUAUAUAAUGGUGCAACAAGAAAACUAGCUCUGCAAAAGAAUGUGAUUUGUGACAAAUGUGAAGGCCGAGGUGGUAAGAAAGGAGCAGUAGAGUGCUGUCCCAACUGUCGAGGUACUGGGAUGCAAAUAAGAAUUCAUCAGAUAGGACCUGGAAUGGUUCAGCAAAUUCAGUCUGUGUGCAUGGAGUGCCAGGGCCAUGGGGAACGGAUCAGUCCUAAAGAUAGAUGUAAAAGCUGCAAUGGAAGGAAGAUAGUUCGAGAGAAGAAGAUUCUAGAAGUUCACAUUGACAAAGGCAUGAAAGAUGGCCAGAAGAUAACAUUCCAUGGUGAAGGAGACCAAGAACCAGGACUGGAGCCUGGAGAUAUUAUCAUCGUUUUAGAUCAGAAAGACCAUGCUGUUUUUACUCGACGAGGAGAAGACCUUUUCAUGUGUAUGGACAUACAGCUGGUUGAAGCAUUGUGUGGCUUCCAAAAGCCAAUAUCUACUCUUGACAACCGAACCAUAGUCAUCACCUCCCAUCCAGGUCAGAUUGUCAAGCAUGGCGAUAUCAAGUGUGUGCUAAAUGAAGGCAUGCCGAUUUAUCGUAGACCUUAUGAAAAGGGUCGUCUGAUCAUUGAAUUUAAGGUAAACUUCCCUGAGAAUGGUUUUCUCUCUCCUGAUAAACUCUCUUUGCUUGAAAAACUCCUACCUGAAAGGAAGGAAGUAGAAGAGACUGAUGAAAUGGACCAGGCAGAACUGGUAGACUUUGAUCCAAAUCAAGAAAGCCAUUACAAUGGAGAAGCAUACGAGGAUGACGAACAUCAUCCUAGGGGUGGUGUUCAGUGUCAGACCUCUUAAUGGGGCCAGUGAGUACCUCACUGCUGGCGUUUUAUAUGCAGCAGUGAAUGAGUGAAGGACUGCAACCAUAAUAUGCCCACUACUUGGCUAUUGUUUUUGUUUUAAUAUUCAACUAUAGUAGUGUUUUAAAAGUUAAAUGAAGAAUAAACUCAAAUAUAAAAGCUCUGACUGCCCUGUAUGUAUGAUGACUUCAGUGUGCAAGAUAAGUUUAAUACCUGUAAAAACUAAAAAAAAAAUUCCCCUAGUAUCUGUUAGGCCAUACUUUGUAAUUCAGUUAUGUACAUGGACUAGCUUAGACUGAAAUGCUAGGUAUGUGUAUUGACUUCAGUGUAUGACCCUUAAUUGUUAAGCCAUGAAGUUAAAAUUCUGUAUUAAACUGGCAAAGAACUUAAUUUGUAGAGAAGUGUUAGUCAUUAUAAUUGUAUUAAGUGGGAUUCAUUGUGAUGCUUCUGCAUUUAUUCUAUUGCCUCAAUGUUACUAGAAGAUGGCAUGCUAUAGAAUUUAGCCUGAAGUAUCAGUGCCAGAAAUGAUACCUUUCUAAAGAAGGGGUUUAUAAUCUGCUUCUUGAGGGCUUGCACUUCUGCAUUCCCUUCUACCGUGCCAUCUUUUUUAUUUUUUAAAUAUAUACAACUAUGAGUC